UGAUUUCUUUCCUCUAUUUUUUCUUCCUGUUAUUAAGUUCAGAAGCUUAUACAAUGACUCCCUAAACCUAUUUCAUGAUCAUCUUCUACAUUCUGUUUUUUACACAUUAAUUGCUCGCUGAUUCCUAGCAUUAGAGAGGGUGUUUGUCUUGCUGGUCUUCUCCUUUGUGCAGUGAAGAUCAAGAUAGAGAGUUAUUCUAGGUGUUUUAUCUUGGAGACAUCGGGACCAUUACUGCUUGCACAAUCUUUUGUAGAGCCACGAAACUUCUUAAAGGAGUGACCUAGUCCGCGGCUCAGCUCAUUCUUUUUUGGUAAUAUUCUUCUGCUUCUUUGCUUUCUGUUUUCAACAACAAUUAAAGGCCUUAAAUGGGCAAUCUAGUUCCUCUAAAGGGUAAUAAGGGAAACAAUCAUUUCUAUAUACAAAAAAAAAAAAUGCUUGAAGAGAAGCAAAUCGCUGUUCUUGGUUGAGGCUCUGCGAAGAUGAUGGGUUCCAAAAGAAGGGCUUGUGAUUAAAGAAUUCCAUGCUUUGGAAACACACCUGCAUUUGAGAAGUGAUUUCACUGACAAUCUUGAAAGGAUUUCUACGAGUAGUUCUUGAUGGAAGUAAUCCUACAUUCUUUCCACGUCUCGAGUAUGAUCUAUUGUUUGAGUAUGUAAGGGUAAGAACCCUACCCAAUGCUGUUGAAUUGAGAUUAUUAGGUCAUAUAAGGCGGGAGUGGAGAAAAAUGGGUGUACCACUGUUGGAUCCUUAGAAAAAGUCCUAAUAGAGAACUAAAGGGAGGCAUAAAAUAUUUACGGAUAAAUGGGCUAUUUGCUAAAAAAAGUUUAAAUUGGAUAAAUUUGGUUUUUAGUAUAAGUUCAUGAGAUUUUUUGGUAAAAAAAUUUGAAUUGGAUGUAUUUGAAUUUUGGAAACAAGUUCAUGAAGCUAUUUCCUGGAAAAAUCUAAAUUAGAUAUAUUUGAUCUUUGAUGCAAGUUUACGAGACUAUUUGCUAAAAGAAUUUAAAUUGUGGGUAUUUGACUCUGAAAAUAAAUUCAAAAGGGUAAAUUGAAGUUGCAGCCAUAUAAACAAAAUUCAAUAGCCAUUAGAGAAUAUUUGAAAUUGUCACUUUAAGUAUUUUGGACCUUUUAAAAUUUUAGCUAAGGUGGGUUUAGUUGCCUAUAAGCUAGAAUUACCAUAUCAUUCCAACAUCCAUCCUGUGUUUCUUGUGUCGCUCCUCAAGAAACAAGUUGGAGAAGGUUCUUCUGGUACUACUAAACUGCCUUUAGUGCAUUCUAAUGGGUACUUUAAGGUGCAACCAUUGUUAAUUCUUCAACAAAGGGAAAUUAUGAGAAAGAAACAAAGAGUGCAGCAAGUGUUGGUUCAAUGGUUGGAUAUGUCUCCUGAAGAAGCUAACUGGGAGGAUCUUUCUUUCCUUCAAGCUCAAUUUCCUGACUUCUUUCUUGAGGACAAGAAAGAUCUUGCAGAGAGGGGUAAUGUCAAGUACCAGCAAUGCCAAUUCAGCUCUAAUUUGGCAAAAGUAGCAUAGAUGGCAGUUGAAAUGGCAGUCAAUGAUAGCCAAGUUAGAUGACUACUAAACGUCAACGAAUAAAUUGUGCGUGUGCUAGAUAUUUUGGUUGUUUUUGUUUAUUUUAUUUUUAUUUAGCUGUUAUUUCUUUUUAUUUGUUUGUAUUAGCUGUCAUUAUGCGUCAUGAAGGGAUCCUAAAAAUGAUUGGACCAAAAUAGAGCAAAAGCAAUGAGUAAAUAAUGACGAAAGUUAUCACAAUCAAUGCAAUUCUCUACUUAUUUUAUUUAUCAUUCUUUCUCUAUCCUUUAUCCUUAAUUCUCAUCCCUUAUAAUUUCCAAGUUCUUUCCUACUCUACUGCUCAUUUCAUUAUGCAAAUAUAAUCAUUCUUCCGCUGCUAUACUAGAGAGGUGCUUGACCAUACAUGAGCCAGGUACCUGACAAUCAGACAGAUGGGGCAAGAGUGAACUGAAAUAUAUCUAUUCUUGUCGGGAAGUGGGAAAAAGAAAGAAAGAAAGAGAGAGAAAGAGCUACAAUGAGCAGAAAAGGAAAAGUGGUGUGUGUAACAGGAGGAUCAGGUUUCAUAGCUUCUUGGCUUGUCAAGCUCUUGCUUCAGCGUGGUUACACUGUUAAAGCCACUGUUUCUGAUCUAUGUAAUCCUAGGAAAACAGAUCACUUGUGUGCACUAGAUGGAGCCGAAGAAAGACUUUACUUGUUCAAAGCAAAUUUAGUUGAUGAAGGAGCUUUCGAUCCCAUAGUUGAGGGAUGUGAAGGUGUAUUUCAUGUAGCUUCUCCUUUAUCUCUUUCAGCAAAUGACCCACAGAUAUUGCUUGAGCCUGCAAUUAAGGGAACGUUGAAUGUUCUCAAUUCCUGUUCAAAACUGCCUUCUAUCAAGAGAGUAAUUGUAACAUCUUCGAUGGCAGCAGUCACAUGCAAUGGGAGACCUCUGACUCCUGAUGUGGUAGUUGAUGAGACUUGGUAUUCAGAUCCAGCUUUCUGUGAACAAAAUAAGCUAUGGUACAUGCUUUCAAAAACCUUAGCUGAGGAUGCUGCAUGGAAAUUUGCAAAAGAAUAUGGAAUUGACUUAGUUACAAUAAAUCCAGGAUGGGUGAUUGGUCCUUUUUUACAGCCAAUGCCUAAUCUCACUCUGGAGAUUAUAUUGAACCGCAUAAAAGGUCAAACAUUUCCAAAUGAAAAUUUAAGAUUUGUUGAUGUCAGAGAUAUUGCAAAUGCACAUCUUCUAGCUUUUGAAAAACCUGAAGCUAGUGGCAGGUACUGUUUAGUUGAACGAGUUGCACACUUAUCUGAGUUCUUGAAGAUUUUGUGCAAGCAAUACCCCACAAUGUGUGUUCCUGAAAAAUGUUCUGAUGACAAGCCUUUUGUGCCAAAAUAUGAAGUAUCCAAGGAGAAAAUAAAAGCCUUGGGUUUGGAUUUCACUCCUUUGGAGGUUACUGCUAGGGACACCAUUGAAUGCUUUAAAGAGAAAGGCUUUAUUAAUAUCUGACUAUUCAGUUUUUCCAAAUGCCUCACUGGGUUGUGAUCAUUGACAUUAUUUUUAUCAGAACAAAUUUGUAUUCUCUUCAAUAGGGAACAAUAAAUUACAAGUUCUGUAAUUUUAUCAUUUUUCAUAUCCCUUUGUAACUGUAUAUUCAAAUAUAAAAUAUGUAAUGAGGCUAUCCCACUCUCAUAGGUUUUCACUUAUAAGGUGGAGUUUUUCUUCUA